CUAAAGUAGAAAUAAAACCUAAAAAAUUGAAAAUAUAUCUAGUCCAUAUUUUUGCCCAAAUUACAAAUCUAUCUUGGGAAUUAUUUCCCUUGUCACCAGCAACCUGCGCCAUUUCUGUAAUUUCCAUUUUCUGGUUUGUUUUUGUUUCGGGGACACAAGAAGAUUUUAUUUUAGGGACAAGGAGACGGCAAUGGAGAGUGGGAAUGGAGGGGGGCACGAUACUGAAGGCCCCGAGGAGAAUGCGGUUUUCUCGCCGGGAUCACUGGGGCGGAGCAAGUAUCGGCCGGUGGUGGGGCACGAUGAUCGGGCCGUGCUCGAGAUGUCGUCUAUUGAUAUUGGAUCUUCCUCUUCUUCACAUCUCCCUCACGAUCUGAAGAAAAUUAAAGUUGGGGAGCAACCAAAUAUGUCGUCUGAUGGCAGAGAAGGUACUUUACCUAAUCAUGUGAAUAGGGCCCAGAUGGAGUCCAAAUUAGAACUAUUUGGCUUUGACUCUCUGGUCAAUAUUCUGGGUCUUAAGAGUAUGUUAGGAGAUCAAAUGCCAAGCCCAUCACGUCUCCGUGAUGGUGACGAUGCAACUAUCACUAUUGGCGGUCAAAGGCCUGCUGCUGUCAAAUCAGGAACACUGAUGGGAGUUUUUGUGCCAUGCCUGCAAAAUAUUUUAGGAAUCAUCUACUAUAUAAGAUUUUCCUGGAUAGUUGGAAUGGCCGGUAUUGGUGAGUCAUUGUUGCUAGUUGCAUUUUGUGGUUCAUGUACAUUUCUCACGACAAUAUCACUCAGUGCUAUUGCAACUAAUGGUGCAAUGAAGGGUGGUGGACCAUACUAUCUUAUUGGGCGUGCAUUGGGCCCAGAAGUUGGUGUUAGUAUUGGACUGUGUUUCUUCCUGGGGAAUGCAAUCUCUGGAGCUAUGUAUGUAUUGGGAGCUGUGGAAACCUUCUUGAAUGCUGUACCAGCAGCAGGAAUUUUUAGAGAGACUGUCACAAGAGUUAAUGGUACAGUGAUUGCAGAGCCCAUCACGAGACCAAGCUUGCAUGACUUGCAGAUAUAUGGGAUUGUCGUGACUAUUAUUCUAUGCUUCAUAGUAUUUGGAGGUGUCAAAAUGAUAAAUCGUGUUGCACCGGCUUUCCUUAUUCCUGUUUUAUUCUCAUUAUGCUGCAUAUUUUUGGGCAUAUUUUUGGCGAGGAAGGACCAUCCAUCAGUGGGAAUCACAGGGUUGAGUUUGGAAUCUUUUAGAGACAACUGGAGUUCUGAUUAUCAGAUGACCAAUAAUGCUGGAAUCCCAGACCCCAAUGGGAAGAUAUACUGGAGUUUUAAUGCAUUGCUAGGUCUAUUUUUUCCAGCUGUAACGGGGAUCAUGGCAGGCUCUAAUCGUUCAGCAUCACUAAAGGACACCCAACGUUCUAUCCCCAUUGGAACCUUAGCAGCCACUGUGGCAACCACCAGCUUAUAUAUUUUUACUGUGUUUUUCUUUGGAUCUGUGGCAACUAGAGAGAAGCUUUUGACAGACAGAUUAUUAACAGCUACAGUUGCAUGGCCUUUUCCAGCAGUUGUUUAUGCUGGAAUCAUUCUUUCCACAUUGGGUGCAGCUCUACAGAGCUUAACUGGUGCUCCACGCCUUCUUGCAGCUAUAGCAAAUGAUGACAUUCUUCCCGUUCUUAAUUACUUCAGGGUGGCAGAUGGGGGUGAGCCUAAUGCUGCUACACUCUUUACUGCCUUUGUUUGUAUUGGAUGCGUCGUUAUUGGGAAUCUAGACCUUAUCUCACCAACAACAACAAUGUUUUAUCUUCUAUGCUAUGGUGGUGUGAACUUAUCCUGCUUUCUUCUGGAUCUUUUGGAUGCUCCCAGUUGGCGUCCAAGGUGGAAAUUUCAUCACUGGAGCCUUUCUCUUGUUGGAGCACUACUUUGCAUAGUCAUUAUGUUUUUGAUUUCUUGGAUGUUCACUGUGGUGGCAUUGGCCCUAGCAACUCUCAUCUAUUACUAUGUCUGCCUCAAGGGAAAAGCCGGAGACUGGGGUGAUGGUUUCAAGAGUGCAUAUUUUCAACUUGCUCUACGUAGCCUACGCUCUCUGGGAGCAACACAAGUACAUCCAAAGAACUGGUACCCUAUACCCCUCGUAUUUUGUCGACCUUGGGGCAAGCUGCCCGAGAAUGUACCUUGCCAUCCUAAGCUCGCCGACUUUGCCAACUGCAUGAAGAAAAAGGGAAGGGGAAUGUCCAUCUUUGUUUCUAUAAUGGAUGGAGAUUACCAUGAUUGUGCUGAGGAUGCCAAAGCAGCUUGUAGGCAGCUAAGUACUUACAUUGACUACAAGAAUUGUGAGGGUGUAGCAGAAAUUGUGGUUGCCCCAAACAUGUCUGAAGGAUUCAGAGGCAUUGUUCAGACAAUGGGCCUUGGAAACCUCAAGCCCAACAUAAUCGUCAUGCGGUACCCCGAAAUUUGGCGCCGUGAAAAUCUAACAGAAAUUCCCGCCACCUUUGUUGGGAUAAUAAACGACUGCAUUGUAGCAAACAAAGCUGUUGUUAUUGUCAAGGGACUAGACGAGUGGCCCAAUGAGUAUCAAAGACAGUUUGGCACCAUCGAUUUGUAUUGGAUCGUGAGAGACGGAGGCCUCAUGCUCCUCCUUUCUCAGCUUCUUCUCACCAAAGAGAGCUUCGAAGGCUGCAAGAUUCAGGUCUUCUGCAUAGCAGAGGAGGAUUCUGACGCCGAGGAACUCAAGGCCGACGUAAGGAAAUUCCUUUACGAUCUGAGGAUGCAGGCUGAGGUCAUCGUCAUCUCAAUGAAGUCAUGGGAAGCCCCCCAAGGGGAGGAUCAACAAGACUCUGUUGAGGCGUUCGCCGGGGCCCAGCAAAGAAUUGCUAAAUACUUGGCUGAAAUGAAGGAGGGAGCUGAGAGACAACAAGGCCACGGGACUCCUUUGUUGAUGGCUGAUGGGAAGAAUGUGGUUGUGAACGAACACCAGGUCGAGAAGUUCUUGUACACCACCUUGAAGCUCAACUCCAUGAUUCUCAAGUACUCCAGAAUGGCUGCAGUUGUGCUGGUUAGUUUGCCACCCCCACCCCUCAACCAUCCUUCUUACUUUUACAUGGAGUAUUUGGAUCUCUUGGUCGAAAAUGUGCCUAGGUUGUUGAUUGUCCGAGGAUACCGUAGAGACGUUGUUACAUUGUUCUCUUAGUAGCUUUUACUAUAUAUAUAUGAACUCUUUUUACCUCCCAAAGAAAAAAGAGAGUAGGAUAAUCCAGUGGUCAUAUUCCCUUUUCUUUGAUGAACUCAAAUCCAGGGCAUAAGGGGAGAGACUUCACCAUUUGUUGUCCUAAUUCCAAUAGGAGAAGGAAUAAAACAUUCCUGAGUAUACCCAUUGUAUUUCAACAGUGUAAUUGUCUGAUUCUC